UCCCACUAAGCUUAGAGAGUUUAAAAAGCUUAAAGUUUGCAUCUGACACUGUGAAAGUCAAGACCAUGGACACUGAGAACAUCUAUAUGAACUUUCAUAUAAGAACACCACCACUGAAGUCACCGCAGCCAAAGGCAGAGACACAGCCAGUCUACAAGAAUCUCAGGAUCCUUUAUGCCCUCCUCCUCCUCUUUGCUCUGAUGCUGGUGGCUUCCUUGACAGCUACGGUGGUUCUAUACUCGUGGGAAAGUGCAUGUCUACGGCUACAUGGGACCAGGUUGCAACAGAGACAUUUGGAGAAACUCAACGCUUCCUAUCAGGAGCUUCAACAUCAAUACCGGACCAUCAUCACCCUCAUAUCUGAAGGCUGGAGGUUGCAUAAUGGGAAUAUCUACUAUUUUUCCAGUGUCAAAAAGCCCUGGGCAGAGGCUCAACAGUUUUGCUUGUCUAAGAACUCCAACCUGACUUCGGUGACCUCCAAGGAAGAACAGGAGUUUCUUUCCCAGGGAACUGGAGCUGACUAUUGGAUUGGCCUGACUGACCAGGGCAGUGAGGGUGUCUGGCACUGGGUGGAUGGGAAUCCCUAUAAUCAAUCUGUGAGCGAAGGGUUCUGGAGGCUCGAUCAGCCAGACAACUGGGAUCAAGGAAAGGGUUUCACGGAAGAUUGCGUCCAUUUAAUUACUGGAAACCUGAGGGCUUGGAAUGAUGCAAACUGCACCAUCCACCACCAAUGGAUCUGCAAGAGUUCCCUGAAGAGCCGCUGGCUGACUGGGUCCCCUCUCCUCCCCAUCACUCCCCUGCCUCUAGCAAGAUUGAAGCCUUGACAGAAGGCUGGGGGUGUCCGCGAAUCUGUCCCCUGCACCCCCCCACCUCCAUUCUCUCCCUUUCUGUGCUCCUUUUUCUUACUUAGCAUCAAUAGCAAGUGAGUCAGUGAGUCGGGUCAGACCCACUUGUUUCAUUCACUCAACAAAUCUGGAAAAUUAUUCCACCCUUUUUGCAUUUUAAAAAGACUGAACCCAAGCGGCCGGUGGUCACCUUAAAAGCACCUAAGGAGGGGCAAGAGCUGACUAGGCUUGACUUCAGAAUGCCCUGCGCCCCACUCUGUACGUCACUUUCUCUCUCCUCCUAUAAAAUGUCAACUAAACCAUCUCUCGGACCUUGCGAAUGUGAACCCAAUGGUUCUCUUUUACACUCUUAUGGCGGCAUUCUAGGCCCUUCAAUGAGUAGGUGGGAUGAUCAUUUUUCAUGGAGAAAUUGGACCAAAGUCCCUCAGCUUUUAAAAAAGAAAUCAGCCCCUUCUCCACAGAAUACACUUAGCCUAGUAGGCAAGGCUUUCCAGUCUUUAUUUUUCUCACUCCAUUCAAUCUGCCAGCCCAUUCCCUGCCUCUGAUGAUUAAUUGAUCCCUCUUUCUGGAAAGCGUGCAUCCCUCACCUCUGUAGUCCGGAGUCCCUGGCUUCCUUAAGGAUGUAACUCAGCCAUCUCCAAAAUUAGGCCCCCCAGUUCUCCCGGCCCGACUGGUUCCUGGCAGCGACUCCCCCUUGAGAUUUCUUUGCAUUGUUAUUGUUACUACAUUGUUAUUUUAUAUGGUAUAUGUAUUAUAUGUGUGUAUACUACAUGUGCAUACAGCAUAUUUAGCAUGUAUACAUACAGUACAUAUUACAUGCUUAUGUGUGUUUGUGUAUGUCUACAUUGACCUUACCUUGCAUUAGCUAUCUCCCCUGAUAGUUUGCGGUUAUAGUGAAUAGAGCAGAACCCAGAUUCAAGCCCUACCUCAGACACUCUCUGGCCAUGUAAUGCUGGGGAGGUUGAUUUCAUCUGCCUCAGUUUCUCCUUCUGUAAAACGAGGGUGAGCAGCACUCACCUCACAGGGAUCGGACAGGUCACAAACCUUAAAAUGUUCAAGAAAUGGAAUCUCACCGUAGUCCCUUGAACAGAGACCCCAACACCAGAGAACAGCGUGGGACAAAGUUCAGGACUGAUUCAGGGGCCCUGAUACCUCGCAAACUAUCAGAAUACGUCCCCAACCUUGAGGGGAACAUGGGUUUGGGGAGAGGACUGGAUGGGAUAACUGGAGCCAAGACAUUAAGUUCUGGGAAAAGUCCCUUUUGCGAUCCGUAGCUCCCCUUCCUCCAGCUUAGUGCUUGCUGAUCCUCUGGGAAGUUCUAAGUGCAUCCACCCUUGUGGUUCUCCAAGUCCAUUUUGUUUUUUGUACUCUAUGGAAUAUGGCCCUUCCUUCCAAAAUAAAAAACAUGAGUGAACAUUAAGCCUUCGAUACUCCCUGAACCGAAGCUGCCUGUCCAGGAGGGACGAAAGCCGGCUCCUUCUCGCUUUCCUGCCUUUCCUUUCCUAAGCUUAUAAAGCGAUGCUCUGAAUUUGUCCUGGAGUCGCCCCUCGCCUCCCAGGACACCUCUCGGGACGUCUCCCAGGAAGCCUCCCGGGAACCACCUUUCCAUCUCAGUAACUGAGUAGCCAAGUGUGUGCGUCUCAUGGAUGUGUAAAGGGCUGAAACCCCAAGUAGAUGCACUGAGGUCGGACAACCGAGCACGUAAGGCUAAUUACUGACCGGACAUUAGCAUAUGCUUGGAAAAUGGCCCCUCCCGCUAUGCUGUGCUGGUUCCAUCAUUUGGUGCAUUCAGAGAAUUGUGGGAAGGAUCAGGGGGUGGAAUAAGACAGGCCAGGGUCACUGUGGCGAUAGAAGAGGAAGGAGGAGGUCGUGGAGAUACUGCAUCCAUCCCCUUCACUUCUACCCCUAAAGACCAAGAGUAAAGACCAAGGACUUUUGCUUCUCCUGACUCCGGCUGAUUCUAAGGCUAACCCGGACAGCCUGGGUGCAGCACCAUUUAUUUCUGUCACACAGACCACUAUCUGUGCACAAUCUGCCAUAUAAAUGGUUGGGAGCUCCCUUCUGGUACCGCAAGCUAUCCUGAAAUUUCCUUCAGGUCUCGGUCUAAUUGCACAGACUUCCGCGCCCUGACGUGGGGAUUCCGGGGCCUGCUGUAACCAUCCUCGGGAUCUGGGGUUUCCGUGGAGCUGCUCCAAAAGCCACAGGGGGCCUGAGCCCGAGAAGGUACCGACCCGUUUGCUGUGUGAGUAAAAUACAGAGUGAAUCACAAACAAUACAAACCAGGGCAAAUGCAUGUUUUUCUCUAAGGGGAAAAAUUAGUAUAUUAAAAGUCAUGUGUGGAGACAUUAAUAAAGUGCGUGAGACCGGGCCCCGGUGAGGAAGGAAAAA